GACAUUGGUGCUUGCAAGUGUAGGCUUAAAGACAGGGGUCCGUCUUGCCAGCCAUCGCCCCAGCCUCCUUUCCUCCAUGGCGGAGGGUGACUCACCCUCGGCACAAGACCUGUAAGUGGCUCCAACUUGAAGGAAGCAGUCCAGCUGUGGUCUUCCUGCAGCGGGGAUUGGGUGUCCGCGGGCUGCGAGGACCGCCACCGAGCGGGCGAGGACUGCGCGGUUUGGAAGGGAGAAGAAAUUUUCCCCCUAGCUCAACGGCACGACUAGGCGGUAGCAACCAGCAUCAGGUAGACAGCUGAGACCUGAAGAUACAGAGGCAGAUGGUGAGGCUGAUGCAGAAGAUGAUUCGAUCAGUGAAGUGACAACUGAAAGUAUAAGACCAAGGCCACAAGGAUCUUCUCCAGUGUAUGAAUAUUGUAUAGAAGAUGAAUAUUUUAACAAAAAGCUUCAGCAAGAUAUAGAGAACAGACAAAGAAGAGACUCCACCUUCAAAAUGAGUGAUUCACAGGAAUCUAUGGAAGUGACAUUACAAACCGAAGUGGAAUCUGGAGCAAGUGGAUUCAGUGUCGCUGGUGGGGGAGCCGAAGGCAUAUUUGUGAAGCAAGUGCUCAAGGAGUCCCCAGCAUCAAACCUAUUUAGUCUAAAAGAAGGUGAUCAGCUUUUGAGUGCCACAAUCUUUUUUGAUAAUAUCAAAUAUGAAGAUGCACUUAAGAUAUUACAGUACUCUGAGCCAUACAAAGUACAGUUCAAUCUUAAAAGAAAACUUCUUGGGAAAGAUGAGCUGGAAGCAGUACAUUCUGCAACACAGUCCAAAAAGGAAAAAUUAAGUCAGGGAAUGGAUACAAUGGAAAUAUCUGAGAAGACAAUCUCGGAGGAAGAUAGAACAAACUUAAUUGUAAAACAAAGAGUGGGAAGACAAAAAAGAACCAAAAAGGAUAGACUCUCAUGGCCAAAAUUCCAGUCCAUUAAGGGAAAGAAGAUUUUGGGACAUAGAAGAUCUCGAAGUACAUCAGAUGCAUAUGAACAUGGAAUUCCAGAUGUUUCUCCUACAAGCACAGAUACAGAAUCACAAUUCCAGCCAGAAGAAAUUCAUGGAAAAAUUAAAAAACAAAACCAAAAGAAACUAAAGUUUCCAGCUAUUGGAUUUAAGAUGCACAAAAAACAAGAACCAUAUGAAAUAAAUCCAUUCAAAGAAUAUGAGAAUGAUACUACAGUGCAACUCUCAGAGAUAAUGACAAGAGAGUAUACUCCAUUAGAUGUAGACAGAAAACCAAAAGAAAAAGAGCCAAAAAGAGGUGUAUCAGAAACAGUAUUUCCACUACCACAACAUACAAGAAAAUACCCUGAUGUUGAACUAACUAUUACAAAAUCCAAAGAAAAGAAAUUAAAAUCAAAUUUAGAAUUUACAAAACAAGAACCUACAGUUGCAACAACACAGAUGAAAACAGCAGUUAUUCAAGCAAAAGAUAUUACAGACUCUCAGAUCAAAGUUUCACAAAAUAUUCCAAAAAUGAGGAAGAAAAAGCAAAAAGAUUCAAAAGUACAAACUGAAACCCAAUAUCAGAAAGAGGAAAAAGGAAAAGAACCAAAUAUUGCUAGCAAGUAUGCAUUACCACAAAUUGAAAGUCCCAAAGUUGAGGUGGACAUCAAAAUACCUAAAACGGAUUUAUCCCUUCCCAAAGCUGACCGUAAGGCUACCAAACCUGAGCUUAAGAUGGAAGAAAUUACUGCUGACAUAAACAUCCCAGAAUUGGACAUAAAGUCAAAAGCACGUCAGGGAAUUUUGGAAUUGAAAACAACAGAUCAAGAAACAAAUAUUACAUCAGAUGAAAUUCCUGCAGAUGGUUCAGCCAUUACACUGGAAGAUGACGAGAAUAAGUUCAAAAUGUUAAAAUUACAAAUGCCCAAGUUUGGGAUAUCACUUCCCAAGCAGAAAGUUAUUCCACAGGGAGAACUCUCCAUAUCUUCCAUGGAAGCGGACUUCCCCCAAACUGCACUGAAAACGGAACUCACAACUGCAGAGAUUGAAGCUGACAUUAAGUUGACAGGCGUGCAGAUAGAGGCCCCCAGUCUGGAUAUGGAGAUUGGAGAGAAGGGCAAAAUCAAAAUGCCUUCACUGAAGAUGCCUAGUGUCAAAGUCGCCAAACUUAAAGCACCAGAAGUAAAAGACUCCUUGCCAAAGGUUGAGACUGACGUCACCCUUCCCAAAGGAAAAGNUGAAGUGUCUGAAGGUGCAGCGGCCGUAAAAUUGCCAGAGGCUGAAGGCACCAUCGACAGGGGAGGACUGAAGAUACACAUGCCAAAGUUCAAGAUGCCCAGUAUAGGAUUCUCCAAAUCUGAUAUCAAGGGCCCUAAAAUAGAUUCUGAUGCCAGCAUGCCUGAUGUACACACCUCUCUUCCAAAAGUUGAGCUCAGCACUACAAAACCCCAGCUUAAGACAGAUGAAUUCGAGGGCGACAUCAGAAUAGCAGCCCCUGAAGUAAAGAUUCCUUGGGUCCCAAUCACUGUGGAGCUGCAUGCUCCCGGUGUAGAAGUACAAGCUUCUUCAGGAAAAAUUCCAGAUAUUGCUAUUGGCCUAUCCAAGGAUGUUGACGUUCCCCAGCUGAAAACAACAGCGGAUAUUAUUGAUAUUGCAGUGGAAGCUUCAACACUUGAAAUGGAGUCUGAUGUACUUGGUGAAAAAAAGGAUGUUUUGGAACAGAAAAUAAAAAUGCCCCAAAUUAUUAGAGCUGAUGUGAAGACUUCAGCAGUAGGCAUACCAUCUGUUGAUAUUUCUGUCACACAGUCAGAGGUAAGCACUCAGGAUUUACAUGGUGCAGCUAAGGAGCCAAAAGCUAAGGGACAAAUAACUAAGAGAGAAAGUUUAGAUGGAGAAGAAAAAGGACAUUUCAAAAUGCCAAAGUUCAAAUUGCCAUCAUUGAGCUGGUCCCCUAAAAAGGAAGCAAGCCUUAAAACAAAUAUAAAAGAACCUCUACAAGAAUCUAGUCUUGGUAUAGUAUCAGUUGAUACAGGCACAGAACCAAAAGUAACUCUUUCAGAAGAUCAAGGAGCUCAUACUGAUGGAAAUGUAGACAUAGCCACCAAAAAAAGUCAAGUAAAAAGACCUCAUUUAAUUAUGCCCAAAAUCUCACUGUCUAAGACAAAGCUACCAAAAGCAGAAGUAGAUACAGUAGUGGAAGGUGAUGGAGCUUUGGUGCAAAUACCUGACAUAGAAAACAGUUUUACUACAAGAAAAGUAGAGGAGACAGAAAUAAGUGUAAAAAUGCUGAAAGGUGAAAUCGAAGAAAUCAAAACAUUCCAGACAGAUCCAGAUAUCAGCUUACUCAAAAGUGAUACUAAGGUGUCCAUGACAAAAAGUUCAUUUGAACCGAAAUGUUUAGAAACAGAGUUCAAAGGUGACAUUUGUUUGGACAGUGCAAGUGUGAAGUCUGAUGGUACAGAAGGGGAGUUUAGGAUGCCAAAACUGAAAAUGCCAAAGUUUGGAAUUUCAGAUCUGUCAGAAAGUGAAAUUUCAGAUCUGUCAGGCAGUGGAAUCACUUUAUCAAAACCUGAAUCUGAUGCUUCUCAGUUUCAAAUGACUACAGAAUCUGAGGAACUUGGUGGAAAAACUCAGCCCUUACAAGUUAAAAGUGAUGAAGGAACUUCUGAAGAAAUUCCGACUGAGGAAUCUCAGAGUUGGUUUAAAAUGCCCAAAUUCAAAAUGCCUUCAUUUGGUCGUACUUCAAAGGCAAAAAAAAGUGGUGCUGAAAUUGAAGACAUCACUGGAGAAGCUCAUGUUACUGAAUUACAAGCUGAAGCAAAAUCUCCUGAAGUUGUAACCAUCUCAAGGGAACUUGACAGUGAAAAAAAAACCUCAGAACAAAAAGUCAUGCUUCCUAAAGAGGAUGUUGGAGUACAGAAAGAACAACAGUCUACCACUGACCAAUUAAUGGAUGAAGGUAGUUUUUUACAGUCCUCAGAAAAAAUUGGCAGGAAAUCUAGUGACCUGGAACACAAAACGUAUGCUGAUAUAGUUAAAGAUGGUGCAGAAGGACAAAGUUCUCAAACUGAGUUCAUUGGCACUAUCCCAAAGAUGGAUAUUGAUAGAAACAUCCCUAAAACUAAGAUGACCAUUCAGCAACCCCAAGUCAUACCAGACAUUAUGGCAGUGGCUGAGAUACCACCUACUGAAAUUACAAUGGGAAAGAAAAUUGAUGCUUCUAUUACAGACCCAGAACCUUUGCAAAGUCUUGAUAGACAAGCUGAAGAGAUGGGGGCUGAAAAGAAGUCACCAAAAAAGGAUUCUCAGGGAAAAGAAAGUAUAUUCAAAAUGCCAACAUUCAGUUUGCCUUUGUUUGGGUGGUCUACCACAAAGAGUGAUGCCAUUGUUCCUGGUAUUGAAUCUGACCUAGAAGAGCCUGCUGUUACUCUUUCCAAAGUUAAAGUAGGUGUUUCAAUCACUGAUGAAGACUUUGAAAUCAUUGAUUUCCCAGUUGAGGGCUUUGAAAAAGAUUUGCCUAAAGAAGGUGAAGUGAAAGCAGAAGAGAAAGAGAAAAUAAGUAAAACGAAAGCAUCUAAAUUCAAGAUACCAAAAUUUGCCAACUUGCGCAGUAAAUCUCAGGGUGGAGAAAUGCAGGUUGAUUCACCAAAAGUGCAGGCGGAGGUGUCAUUAGUUAGACCUGAGGGAGAAACGUCAGGAAUCCAAUUUCAGGAUAAAAAACUUGGAGAUGCAGAAGAAAGUUUCCAAAUGCCCAAAUUCAAAAUGCUCAAGUUCACACAUAGAAUUUCUGAAGGAGAAAAACUGACUUCAGAAGAGACAGUGGAUAUAAAGGAUACUGCCGAUGGUGAUAUUUCUCAAUUGCAGUUCAAGACUAUGUUCCCUGAAGAAAAAGGAGAUGAUAUUCAAAAAUCAAAAGCCAGAAUUACAACAUUGUCUGAACCUGCCAUUCAGAGACCACAAGUUGGAAGUAAAUUCCAAUCUACAGACUCUUCUUUUGUGGAUACAACAAUGUAUGUGCAUAAACAAGUGCCAAAGGAAUUUAGUGCUGAAUUUCUUAAAGAGAAAAUGGACACUAUGGACAGUAACAUUCAAAAGUCAAUCGCUAAAAUUACAACACUGAAGGAGCCAGAUAUUCAAACAGCACCACUUGAAAUUAAACUACAGCCUGAUGAUCCAUUUAGUUCAAGUGAAACAGUGCAGGUUAAAGGAUCAAUCACUGAAAGUAAAGAAAUAAAGAUGGAAAGUAAAUCUAGCUUUGGCUGUGGUGAUGUUGCUGAAAUACAGGAAUCCUUCUCCACUCAAAUAGUAAAAGAAUCUGAGAUUCCUCCAUCAGAAGUUAAAACUGCUGCUUUUGGAUUUUCACUUCUCAAAGUGAAAAUCCAAGAAUCACACGUGAGCUUAGAUGUGCCCGUUAAGUUAUCUUCUACAAAAUGUAUGGGUGAAAUAUUUGAGGAUAAGGAUCAUCAACUUUCAGGUACAGGAGAAGCAGCACAAAAGGCUGGUUUGAGUGAAGUGAAACCAUCUGAUAAAGAGAAGGAUAUAACUUAUGAAUAUAUUGAAGGGACCUCUUCUGCUGCAACACUGACAACACUUAAAUCCUUUACAGUUGACAUACAGUCUUCUGGUGAAUUUGCAGAGAGUCACUCUGAACCAAUAGAGAUAUCUAAAUCUGCUAUAGAAACUGCAGGAGAAAUGGCAUUUACAAGUAACAUUGAUGAGGUCACAGAUGAAAAAGAUAGUAAGAGAUCUGGUAGAUUUAAACUUUGGUUUCCAAGUAUUGGGUUUUCUCCCACUAUGGACGACACAACAUCAGAGUCAAAACCUGAAGCUCAACAGAAAGUUCAACCUGAUGAUUCAUCCAAAUUAGACAAUGAUACUGCCAAAGAAACUGAAAAAGCAGGAUGGUUUAAAUUUCCUAAGUUAGGUUUUUCAUCUCCAACAAAAAAGAGCAAGGAAGAGGGCAAAGAAAAGGAAACAGAUUCAAAAGAAGGAAAGGGUGAAGAAAGUCCAACAGACAAAAAUGAAACUUUCUUUGAUGCUCAGGAAACCUUACCACUCAAAGAGAAAGAAGAAAAUGAAACCUCAGGUGAUAUACCAUCAGAGCCCAUUGUUUCAUCUUCAGCAAGAACUGAAUUGAUCCUCUUAGAGAAAGGGAAAGCCGAACCCAAACAUACUCCUGAAGACCCAUCAAAAUAAAAUUGUUUCUUCCUACAUAUAAAUAAAAAUACAAUAUCACCUUGAAAAGUAUUUUAAAAAAUCAGAAAUUAAUAUUGCUUUUAUUUCAGCAAAAUAAAUAGAAUGCUACCUUAAAAUGAACUUUAGAAUACUUUAUAUUGCAAUAAUGUUUAUAAGUUCAAGGAAUAGUCUUUCGUGUCUUCACAGAAACAAGUAUUACCUGCAAUAUGAAUACAUGUAUAAGAACAUCCAGACAGAUGAUGGGCCCUACUAUUGAUUAAAGAUAUACAUAGUUCCAAUGAAACUAACCAAGAUACUGUUUGCUAAUUUCUGUAAAGAUAUUCUUUUGCCAGAUCUGUUUUAGAGAAACCAAAGCAAAGCAAGAUAUUAAAUAUACUGUUCUGAAAAUUACAGUGAUUUUGUGUGGGAUUAUUUGCAAAAAGUAGUAAGGAAUUAGUGCUGAGAGAAAUAGAAAUAUAUUUCUCCUUUUUUAAAUUUUAUUUUUAACUACAUUUAUGCUGCUAUCUUAUUAAAAAUAUCAUUCUUAGACUACUCAGAGAUUAUUGUAAACUAGAUAAAUGGAAGUAAGAAUGUAAAUCUUAUAAAAGUUACUCUUUGAGACUUUUUUCACCCAACACAAUUAAUUGAGCCAGUUAAAAAGAUAACAGCUGGAUUUCCACAUCCUAAAUUUGAUUAAUUUUAAAUUCAUUUUUUUUCUAAUUGGCAUAUGAUGUGAAUCCAAUCCAUUUCUACAAGCCAAGAAAAUGGGUUAAUUCAAUAGCAUGCCUGGUAAAUAAAGCCCAUAUCUUAUCCACAGUUCAGGUGAAUUAUUUGGAGCUACAGCAAUUGUGUAUCUAUUAUAAAUCUAAGUUAUUGUCUGUGGUGACUUAGUGCCAUAUUUUCCAUUAUAUUGUGCUGACAAAGCUUCCAAUUGAUAAAUAUAUCCUAAGCAUUUACCAGAGCAGCCUAUUUAAUUCAAAUUGCUUUUGAAUUGUCUUUAAAAUCAAGACUCUUAAUGCAAAUAUAUUAAGAUCUUUGUUGGUGCUUCAUCUCAUGAUCAACUGCGUGCCUAGAAGUCAAUAUCCACUCCCUUGUUGCCACUACUUGGGAGUUUUCCAAUCAGAUUCAAUAAAAAUAACAUUCUUCAUACAAAAUGAUAAUGCAUUCAGUUAACAACAUAUUACUGCCAAGUAAUAAAGUGAAUUUCCCUGUUUUAAUUUUAACACUUUUAAUCACCAGAUUCAUCAGAUCAAUCUACCUUAAUAAAAAUAAUCUUUUGAAUCAGUCAAGAUGGAGGUCCUAAAUAAAGGUGUCUGAGGGGGUUUAAUGUCAAGUACUUCAAUGUGAUCCAAUUAUAAAUUGGAAUUCAAAUAACCUGAGAAGACAGGAACAGUGUGUGGUGUCAUCUUGGAAUUACAAAGUAGAAAUAGAAGAGGACAAGUACACAUGGUUUUAAAGGUUUCUUGGACAUGUAUAGUUAUUGUUGGAUUCUAGAUUAUAUGAUUUCUUUUUUUAUAAAUAUAUAGCUAACAAAAUACCUAUUUAAACAUACUAAUUUAUGACAAGAAUGUAGAAUAUAUUCUGGUUAUGCUGCCAAUAUGGAAAUAAAAGCAGUAUUGUUUGUAUUGUGAUCGUCAUUCUGAUUAUAAAGUAAUACUAUCCUAGCCACAUGAGGAUGUGCUUAUAUGACAAUGCUGGAAGUCUUAAAUAAACCUAUGUUUGAGUCA